CGUGUGAUUAAUGGGACUGUGCAGAGAAAAGCCUUCGUGCUCAGUGUAUAUCUGUUAUCAAAGGCGUUCCUGAGCCGCCCUAAUAAUCCGAGAGUCACGUCCCUGGAGGUGCCCCAGGCCGUGGGUUGGCCCUGGGCAGCCUGAGCUGGUCCCCAGCCCGUGGGGGUAUCGUUAAGGUCCCUUCCAACCUAAGCUGUUCUAUAGUCUCAUAGCAGUACCUGACGCUGGCUGUGCUUAGGGCUUGUUUUCUCCUUGUAUUCUUCUCAUCUGGAUGCCUUGUUUGUGAGAUGCCAUUUGAGUGGGACCCAAAGACCUGGAAGAUCCUGAAGAGAGAGGAAGCUGAUGUGAAAGAAACUAACUAUGAAGGAUCCGAGGAAUUCGUACUGCCUGUUUCCACAAUUACUAACAAGUGCUUUCCUGCUGAACCUUCAGAUUGAGAAGAAAUUCUCAUAGAACUGAUGGAGUUGACCUUAGAAUCCUACAACUGGAAGUGUGAUUCAAUCACUCCUGGGGUUUUAGUCACCUUCAGACCUCGUUGUGAAUAUGAACGUUUAGAGUGCUGUUACUCUGAAGAGCCUCAAGGAGGGAUACCCAUUUUGGAAACCUGUGAGCUCUGUUAAGAAAACACACCGAGGUGGCUGACCAGUGUGCAGAAUAACGUUGAAAGCAGCAGUGAUCUCUGCAAGAUUACCUGGUGAUGCUGGAGAGUGGUUAUUACUGCAGAGAGAACAGUGCUGGUCAGUAUAAUGUGCUGCAGGUGUGCUGCUGCUGGUCCUCCAUGCCUUGCAGAAGGUGAUUGAAAGCUCCCUGUGGAGCUGCUGUCAGCAGAGGCCGCUGGGACAAAUCUGGAAAUCCUUUGCAAAUCCACACCUUGGUAUGGCGUAAAUGAAAGCAACUUCCUCAGAAGAAAGUUUGCAACUCAAACAAGUGUUUCAGACCAGUUACCACUGCUCGUGUUUUCUACCAGCAAGGGCUGUUUACCCAGAGAAUUUGAAGCUGCUGCAGUGUGCCAGUUCUGGAGGAUUGCUUGUGGUGCUCUGAAGGCCGGGAAGAUGAUUAGGAAGCUUUCUGGACAGCUCUGGAAGGGCCUGUAAAGUGAGCUGAGGAUGAGAUGGAUUUACCACAAAAGACUUGGCGCUCUCGGCGUAUACAUCAUCAGUGAGCUGCAGAUAAACACAGCACACACAUCAGAGGAUGGAUGCGGAGGUGGACUGGGACUCUGAAAAUAGCACUUGUGAUACAGGUGAGGAGCUGUCAAAUGAUUCCAGAAAGAGCACUAAGGAGGUGGGCUACAAGUCUUGCCUCCAGGAGGAGGUGGGCAUGAAUUACUCACAGACGCUCAGUCCUUGUCGCAACUCCGCAGGACCAUCAGAUAAACAGGAACUUUCUACAGAGUUGCAGCGUGAAGACAAAGAAAUCUAUCAGACCUAUUACCAGAAACAAGGUGAGAGUACAGCUGGGAUAUUUGUCCCCUCCAGUACCAACUUGGACCUGCAGUGUGAAGAUAAAACCUCACAGCGUGGUUCCUCUGAGCGCUCCAAGAGAUCACGGAGAAGAGCGCGUGGUGAUAAUGAAAAUGCCCUUCUUGAUGGUGUGUUUGAUGCACAGCCUGCAUCUGGGAAGGCUUUGUCCUAUCGGUGCAAGAAGUGUGGUGCCUCUUUCCAGGGGACGAGUGAGCUGCAGCAGCAUAAACGGACUCACCUCGUGGAAAACUCAUACCGCUGUCCUGUCUGUGCCAAAGAGUUCUUCCGUGCAGCAAACUUACGCAUGCACAAGCUCAUUCAUAACAGUGACAGGCCACACAAGUGUCCAGAGUGCGACAAGGGUUUCAUUCGCACGGCUGAUGUCUGGAGGCACCUCCGCAAUGUGCACAAGAUAGAGCGCUCCAUGGUGAUCUUAGGCAAUGGCAUGGCUAGGAACCCAUGGUCGAUCGUGCACCGUAACCAGCACGCUGUUGAGUACACCGAUCAGCCUUGUGCAGAUAACCACAAGGCUGAGGAAGAAGACUGCAAGCCUUACGCCUGUCCAACGUGUGGCAAAGGUUUCGAUAAACCAAACCUGCUUUCCAAACACAAAGUGAUCCACCGGCAGGAGAAACCCUAUAAGUGUCAGGAAUGUGGCAUGGCGUUCGUCCAGCUGCUCAGGCUGAAAAGACACCAGCAGACUCACUCUGGGGUGCGUCCCUUCUAUUGUGAGGAGUGCGGAGGGACGUUCACAAGGCUGGCCUCGCUCCAGCGCCAUCAGCGCAUCCACACCGGAGAGAAGCCCUACUCUUGUGAUUACUGUGGGCAUUCCUUCACCGAGUCAGGUACCCUACGGAGGCAUGAGCGCACGCACAAGUUGGACAAAUCUUAACUCUUUGUGAUUGUGGGCUCUCGGGUUCUUACCUGAAGAGGCUUGAGAAAAGCACUCCACUGCAUGCACUACAGCCAGUCCAGACCCACGUCCCAGCAGUGGGAAGCACAGGAACUUGUGCUGGUAGAGCUUGCACUUUUCUGGUUUUAAACUGCCUUUGUGUGAAUAAUUUACUGAAUUACCAUUGAGUAACAGAAUGUGAGACUUGUGAAGACUGAAAUAGCUCACAUGUGCUAGCAUUGUGUCACCUCUGUGAAUGGGAGGUGCUUCUGCUUGAGCUUUUUGCAGGGAUGCAUGGGCUAUGAGGCUUCUCCCUGCAGUCCUGGUUGCUGGACAAAUUGGCUCUGCCCUCUGGAGUGUGAUGACUGGUUGGCAGUGGCUUUGGAGAUCUGUUAUUGCAGGUCUUUAAGUCAGAACAGUCCAUAGUCAUCCAUGUAUCUGUUCUUACAUUCUGCUGAGGUUUUCUUUCCAUAAUGUAUUUUUAUUUGGAAGAGAAGUAUCAUGUUUGUUAUUUAAAAACAAAACAAAAAACAACCCACCCACAAAACAAUUCCUUAAUAAACGCGACAGUUGUCAGCUG